GCCAGGCGCUCGCUCCCCGAGCCACCGCCGCUCCCCCGCUCCGCCCGGGACUCCGGACGCGCUCCCCGCGCGGGCUUCCGCAACAGUCGGGCCGAACGCACGCACGCUCGUACUCACACUGCGGUUCACACCCGCACGCGCGCUCGCACCCGCACGGCCGCUCACGCGCGCUCACACUCCCCCACGCGCGCUCCGCUCCCGCUCUAGCCCCGCGCCCCGCGGAGGCGCAGGACCGCCGCCGAGAGCGCCGAGGGGCCCCGCGGCCUUCCCAUGGCGGACCUGAGCUUCAUCGAAGAUACCGUCGCCUUCCCCGAGAAGGAAGACGAUGAGGAGGAAGAAGAGGAGGGUGUGGAGUGGGGCUACGAGGAAGGUGUUGAGUGGGGUCUGGUGUUUCCUGAUGCUAAUGGAGAAUACCAGUCUCCUAUUAACCUAAACUCUAGAGAGGCUAGGUAUGAUCCCUCACUGCUGGAUGUCCGCCUCUCCCCAAAUUAUGUGGUCUGCCGAGACUGUGAAGUCACCAACGAUGGACAUACCAUUCAGGUUAUCCUGAAGUCAAAAUCAGUUCUCUCGGGAGGACCAUUGCCUCAAGGGCAUGAAUUUGAACUGUACGAAGUGAGAUUUCACUGGGGAAGAGAAAACCAGCGUGGUUCUGAGCACACGGUUAAUUUCAAAGCUUUUCCCAUGGAGCUCCAUCUGAUCCACUGGAACUCCACUCUGUUUGGCAGCAUUGAUGAGGCUGUGGGGAAGCCGCAUGGAAUCGCCAUCAUUGCUCUGUUUGUUCAGAUAGGAAAGGAGCAUGUUGGCUUGAAGGCUGUGACUGAAAUCCUCCAGGAUAUUCAGUAUAAGGGGAAGUCCAAAACAAUACCUUGCUUUAACCCUAACACUUUAUUACCAGACCCUCUGCUGCGGGAUUACUGGGUGUAUGAAGGCUCUCUCACCAUCCCACCUUGCAGUGAAGGUGUCACCUGGAUAUUAUUCCGAUACCCUUUAACUAUAUCUCAGCUACAGGAGGAAGAUAAUGGUCCUAUGGUGCCUGUGGAUGAGAAAAGGAAACUUUUGAGCUGCAGCUUCAGUUUACCCUCAAAGCCUGCAUUGUUUGUCUUCAUCGAAUUCAGCCUUGAUGGACAUCUGUGAUGGUUGCCUAUACACUUGCUGAAAUGAAAUAUUAGAAAUGGCUGUAUAUUCCAAAGAAACCCUAUAUUAUAUAUCCACAUUACUGCUGCUAGGAUUCAUAUUUGUACAUGCUGUUUACUGCUUAUGUGUAGAAGGAAUGAAACUAGUUUCCAGAGUUGUUAUUAAUAUGAAUAUAUAUCAUGUGUUAAUAUUGAGAAAGGAAAACACAUUCCCAGUGGUAGUAGUUCUUCAUUUUCUGUUUCCAACAGAAAAUUCACUCGUUUUAGAGACUAGUGUAAUUCUUGAUAAUAAAAUAAGAGUUUUGAUUAAGAACAGCAUUGAGCUUCUUGCAAAGCUGAAUGCAAAGUGAAUGAUGAGUAAAAUUACAUCUCAUUUUAUUUUUUUCAGCACCCAUACCACAUUAAUUGUUAGGCUGGAUUGCCAUGGAAAACAUUUUUGGCAUUAAUGCAGCAACAUAAUACUUUAUAUAUUACUACAUAGUUAAAGGAUUUAACUGAAUGUAUGGUUCAAGAUAUAUUUAUUUUGACAUAUUCAAAGCUGUGGUUUAAAGGAAUUUGAGAAAGGUAUAAGAAAUAGGAUAAAAAGAAAUCAACGGCACGUACCAGGAAUAGCUUUACUUUCCAUAAGUAGAAAUUUAAUGGUGUCCUAUAUUACUGUAGUAUUGUACACUUUGUAAGACUUAAAAAUGUUUUAUUCUGUUGAUUCCACUUCUUUGGUAUGUUAAGACAUUUCUUUCAAAAAUGACCAACAAUAUCCUUAUUUUAGGUGCCACUAGCAAAUGUAAGCAGAUACUUAGUUGCAGUUAGAUGUGACAGAAUGAGAUAAUUUAUGUAAAGCAGUAGAGUGCCUGGCACAAAGCAAAUAAUAAAUGUUAUUGUUGUUAUAAUUGUAAAA